AUGGACCUCCUUCUCGCCGCCGCGCGCUGCGUGCCCUGCGCGCCCGUGUUCGGCCCGCCCGCCGUGGCACUCAACGGCCACACCUACUCCGUGCUCCGGCUCCUCGGCGAGGGCGGCUUUUCGUACGUCUACCUCGUGGCGCCGCGCGACGACCCGGCGCAGCGCUACGCGUUGAAGACGCUCCGCUGCCCGUACGGGCGCGACGACGCCACGUUCCAGGCCGCGGCGCUCGAGGUCCAGAACUACCUCCGCUUUGCCGCGGUGGGCUCGCCCCACAUCAUCCGCCCCGUUGCCGAGGCCGUGGUGGCCGAGCCCGGCGGCGCCUCCGCCUUCCACGUGUUGCUCCCCUACUACGAGCGCUCGUUGCAGGACGUGUUGGCCGCGCACGUGCUCGGCGGCUCGGCCAUGGCGCCGCCGGACGUGGCCCGCGUGUUCGUGGGCAUCUUGCGCGGCGUGCAGCGCAUGCACCGCUACCGGCGGCCCGCGGGCGCCGUGCCCGAGCCGGCGCCGGGCACGGAGGCAUCGCCCAUGCUAGGCGUUGCCGCCGCCACGGCCGCCACGGAGUUGGCCGAGUUGGCCGAAGAGUGCCCGUACGCACACCGCGACCUCAAGCCCGCCAACGUGAUGCUCGCGGCGGACGGGCGGCCCGUGUUGGCGGACUUGGGCUCGUGCCGCCCGGCCCGCGUGCACGUGGCGCUGCGCCAACAGGCGCUUGCGCUCGCGGACUACGCCCAGGAGCACUGCACGCUCGCGUACCGGGCGCCGGAGCUCUUGGACGUGGCGCUGGACGCGUGCAUCAGCGAGGCCUCGGACGUGUGGUCGCUCGGCUGCGUGUUGUACGCGUGCUGCUUCGGGCUCCUGCCGUUCGAGCGCAUGGAGCGCGACCAGGGCGCCAGCUUGCGCUUGGCCGUGUCGCAGGGCCGCUACGAGAUCCCGCGCGACACGCGCGGCCUCCUGCCGCAGCUCUUGGCCGUGAUCCGCCUGUGCUUGGUCGUGGACCCGGCCCGCCGCCCGUCCGUGGACGUGCUUCUCGAGCGCUGCUUGCUGCUCCCGGAGAGUGCGGCCGCCUCGGCUGCGGAGACGGUGGCUGGGGACGGGCCGGGCGGGGCUUGCUGA